CUCUCGUCUCUGUCCCAGCAUCGACAUCCACGCACCAUGGUCUGGAGAACGAUGCUCGUCACAGUGUCCACCAGCUUCCUGCUCGGGACAACGUUUACCCACUGGAUUGCCGACCACAACGUUCUCUGGCGAUCGCCCGUCACGACCGAGGCCAUCAGCCACUCCAUCAAAUACUACUCCCUGCUGGCGUCGGCUCCAAAUGGACUGGGGUGGGUGUAUAUCGCCGUCGGGCUUGUUCUGCUGCUCAGUGCUGGCGGCCGGUCCAUCAAGGGGUACCGCGGAAGCAGCGGGGAGGUUCUGUUCGACGGCGGAAGUCUUGUCCUUGUCGCGUCCAUCGCCUAUUACCAACUGAGCGAGGUCUACCCUGCCGUCACCAUGAUUCCGAGCCCCUUGCCCGUCAACCUCGUUGACCACCCGCUAUACCCCGCCUUGACGACGGCCGUGAGCGACCUCGCUACUGGUAACAUCAUGACCGCACUCAUGCUCACCGGGCUCAUCCUCCUCCAGGCCGGGAGAUACUACGCCAAGCGUCCCACUUUUCCGCCCACCACCACCGAUGAAUCUGCCGCUUCCACUCCUGCUAGUGCCUCAUGUCCCUCAUCCCCCGAGACCCAUCCCAUCCCCGUCUCGCAGCGAUCCGCGACGCCUUUCCGAGAACUGACAGAGGAUGAAGCCCUAGAAUUGGACGCCAGCGGCGGCGAGGAGUCCGCAACCAGAACAACAUAUUAGAUGGAUCCAUGUCUACAGCAAGAGGUCCAAUCUCUCGCGAUGCCACGAUACUCGGGGGUGUACCUUUCGAUACGACUAUUAUCUGAAUAAUCAAAAAAAAUGCAUAAUGCAAACCAUCGCGCGAUAAUGAUACAUACCCAUUUGGAGCAGACAUACCACCAAAGACCGAAUGUAUGAUAUGAAUAG